CAACACACGUAUCAGUACCAAGUCAAGAUGAACUGUUCUGGUUGCUCAGGUGCGGUAUCCCGGGCAUUGGACAAGUUGAAGGAGCAGGGCGUCGAAUCGUAUGACGUUAAUUUGGAGAAACAACAGGUAACCGUGCACGGUACGGCGGAGUAUGACUUUGUGCUAGAGAAAAUCAAGAAGACGGGCAAGGACGUGAGUGUUGACCGAGACGAGAAUGGGUGUGUUGGCUGA